GUCUAUCAACAUUAAAAUCUAACCAAAUUAUUUUGCUCAUGCUAAGUUCUGUUUUUAAAUCCUUUCAACCACAAAUGCCACAAAUAACUGUCCGUAUCCAAAAGCGUUUGUAUCCUACUAAUGGUGGACGGCCGGUGAUUCGCUUGUCAGUGUUGUCAGUCGUUCCACGGCGUUUGGACGACGAACGCACGUUUCCUACGUCUCUGGGUAGUGAACGAACAGCGAUAUAAAACACGUUGUUUCAAAAAAAAAAAAAAACUUAUGUAAAUUUUUGAACGAAGACAUUAUGUCAAAUUAUUUAAAUAUUAUUAUAAUUGGAUUUUUUUAUUUAAUAACAUCUGGUUCUUCGAUUCCCGAAAUUGAAGACAAUGAAGAUGUGCUGCAUUUAAUAGGAGAGCCGGACUUUCGAGAUGUGCGACUCCGUUGGGAAUAUGGCAAAGUUGAUGAGAAAGAUAGACCGAAACUUCUAGCGUUUCAAGUACACUACUGUGAACUUCAAGCCUGGGGACAUUCCCGAUGUCGUACGAAGGUCAUAGAUAACUUGGUGGAGGAGAUGUCCACGAGUAGUACAAUAGAUACAUCAACAACGACAUCGGGUCCGGUUGCGCGCCGCGGUCGUGCAUACAGCACACGCAUCACCGGCCUGCGCAUGGCCACCACAUACUCAUUCGAAGUGCGUCCUGUGAGGCGAGACGCACGCGACCUCGCCGACCCGCAGUCGAUUGGAUCGAAAAUCAUCAUUGUGCCCACAAGAGGAUUUUCAGCCCGAGCUAUCCAGUGCUUACCCCACGCGAGCGAAGUGGAAGUGUCGACGGGACCUUAUUUUGGCGGUCGCAUAGCCGUCGAGGCAGCGGACGGCGGCCCAGAGCGGUGCUCCAUACGAGGCAAUCCCAACAGCGCACAAGACGCAUACAUUUUACGCAUCCAUCACGACGAGUGCGGGUCCGACGUGAACGAGACAACCGUUGCUACAUACGUUAUCGUUCAAGAGAACCUGCCUAUUCUAACCCAUAGCACACGACGUUUCCUUGUAAUAUGCACGUAUAAGCCGGAGACGUUGACAGUGCGAGCGGGCAUUAAUUUACCUAAGUCUAGCCCCGGAGAUGUCCUGAAUAGUUUCAAUUCUCAUCACACAGGCGAUGUGGAGCCUUUUGAGAAUCAAGAUAUGGACUAUAAUGAACUCCGACCAGCGAGACUUGAAGCCAUAAAGGAAGAAACUAAAUCAGGUGGUUAUAGUGAGAUCACUUUGGUAAUGUUUUUGGUUGUAGCUGCUUUCGGGGGAAUAGCUUUAUUAAUAUGGAAAGUUGUCCCACAAAGCGCCAAAGACAACGCUUCUGCAUCGACAAUAUCCUCUUUAUCUCCUACCAGUAUAUUUAACAGGCGAAACAGAGACAGAUUUUCAGACCACGGUUCUAUUUACUCAAUCACGUUAUCAGAUAAAGAUGCGGUGGUGCAGAAGCCGACUGAAGCUGACAAUACUUCAGAAGCGUGAAAGAAAAUAACUAAUAAUACGAACUAAUAACAUUCUCUAAAUUACAUUAAAUGUUUAAUACUACACUGACUGGGUGUCACGUAAUUAUCCUGGGUACGACAGGCGGUAUCGUCAGUGAUUUUUGCCUUAUUUAUUUCACUAGUUUUUCAGGUUGCAUGUAAUGUAAGAAGAUUUAAAACAAAUUGACGCGAACGGAGUUUUUCAAAUUCAUACACUUUAUCUAUAUUAGAAUUAAUAGCCUGUAAAAAUGAAAUAUUCUACUCUGUGUUCCUAAACUAUUCAUUCAAGUGUGACGUGUGUGAAACUCGAGGAGUCUCGGUGCACUCCAAGAAAUUGUCUUAUUAUUUAUUAUGCCUGGUAUUAUACCUACCCUCAACGUAAGACAAAUAGGCACUAUGGCGCGUAAUCAGAUUUCAAUUGUAGGUUUAGAUUCUAUAAUGGAGUCUCUUGUCUUAAGCAUGAAAGUAGCUAUGAAGCAAAAAUCGUCAUUUUGUAUUGCCCUGCUUCCUCGUUCCCAACAGCCACGGCUGAAUAUAGAUGCUGAAUAUAGAAUAUAGAAUAAUCUCAAACAAUUUCGCAGAGAAGCAUAGCACAUGUUGAAAAAAAAUGUCAUUAUCCAGGAAACGGGGCAUACGUUUCUGUUGACACAAUGGAGUCACUCUUUCUUUGAUAUUUUCUCGUAGUAUAUAUGUAGGUAUUGAGAUAAGAGUCAACAAGGGAAGGCUCUCUUAAAUAGUCCCUAUAAUUUUUUGGGUUUUGUGUUUGCUGUUUAACUCUAGUGUAUUAGUUAGUAUUUGUGAUGCACUGAAUUAAGUAUUGUUUUUUUACAAAUUUGCCAUAGGUAAAUUGGAUAAGGGGACUAUUUUCAAAUGGAUAAGACUUAUUUUGGGUAGUCGAAUCCUGAAUAGUUUGUUUGAACAUUCUAUUGAGGUUUUUGAGUACUUGAUUGAUUAAUAUAAUUUUAGAUUUAUAGUGUAGGUAAUUAUCUUAUUAUAAUAGUUUAGAUAUGUAAUGGUAUUGUAACGUUUUACAUAGCAAGCACUAAAUGUGAGGUUAAAAAAGUUUGAUUUAAAAUACAAGAAACAUGUACAAAA